CGGUUUUCCUUUAAAUGGAAUGUCUCAAACUAUAUUUGUCACUCAAGUUGUUAACAAUGGAGUUGUUCCGAGUUUCAAGUGUUUUACUCUCAAUUUUUGUGGUUUCGGCUUAUUCAGCUACGUGGUAUGACCCUCCAAACACCAGACGUCUAACAGACGCACCUGGGGUAUGUUUUGAAUCACAAUACAAUAUAGAAUUCAUGAAAUGGGGAGAGACGAGAACACCAGAGGGCCACUGUUUGUUGAUCAGUUGUUCGGAUGAUGGCAGUAUUACUUAUAAUGGGUGUCCGGCAGUGGCCGGUUGUAAAGAUGUUAAGGCAGAUUUUUCGAAACCCUAUCCGGACUGCUGUCCUACCUGUGAUAUACCCAUAGAAAUGUAAUAUAAUAUUAUAUUUCUAUGAAUAUACCCAUGGACUUCGUUCCAAAAUAGGGGGCCAAGGAGGGGCCAGAAUUGUUAAAGGAGGGCCAAGAUAUCUAGAUCCACCUAGUAGUUAGGUUAAAUUAAUAUAGUAAUAAUAAAGGUCUUUAUUGAG